AUGAGUUCUGUCAACGGCAAUUCGAGGACUCCUACGCCGAAAGUUGGUGGUAAAUCAACCUACAUAAAUUUAAAGCUAACGGUAAGGCUCUUACCUCCAACUUUAACUAAAGAUCAGUUCAUAGAGCAGUUAAAUAACUAUACUGAUUUGUUAAAGGAUGGAUCAAUAAUCGAUGACUAUUAUGUCCAAGGAUGCUAUCCUACCAAGCCAUAUGAAAAGCCUACAUAUUCAAGAGCGUACUUGCUUUUCAAGAACCAAACAUCACUUGACCAAUUCAUGAAGGAGAUUAAUGGGAAAUCGUUCAUCGAACUGGAGACAAACGACUCAUUAAUUCCGGCUAUUGGAAAGUCAUUAUACAACAAGAUGCCAAUAGAGAGACCAUAUAAUACGGCUACUCCAUCAAAGAAAUUUGAAGAUGAUGAGUUUUACAAGGAAUUUUUGUCUCAAUUAGAAGCCAACACAAAUGAAUCCUUUGAUAUUGUAUCUAUAAAUAAGAAAUUGAAGAAGAGGAAUAAGGACAAGAAGAAGAAGGAAAGAGACCCUAAAAAGAAAGAGGAUAAAAAAGGCAAAGCGAAAGAAGAGAAAAAGCCCGCAAAGCCUAAAUCUGGGAAGGCAACCGAUAAGACAGGAGACAGUACGAAAGCUCCUCCAAAAGCCAAGAAGAGAAAUAGAAAUAAGAAACCAGAGGGAGAAAAUACAAACGACAAACAGAAGCAGAAACAGCCUACUGAUGCUAAAGAGUCUUCUGAUGCACCAGCCAAGCAACCACCUAAACCGAAGAAUAAACCGCACGAUUCUUCCAAGGGGAAACAAGAUCCAAAGGCCAAAUCGAAACAGGAUUCGAAACAAAAACCAAAACUGGCUCAAGAUACCAAACAAAAAUCUAACCAGGACUCAUCUGCUAGUAACGCCAAUACUCCGAAAAAUCCAAAGAUCAAAAUAAAACAGAAACCCAAGGGACAGAAUCCAAAACCAAAUACAGGACUAGCAAAUAACGCAUAA